GCGCGGUUAGAAAACUCGGGCGGCGCGCGUACAAUACGCGUGCACUCUGCUGAUGACGAAAUUUGCGUAACGCGUACUGUACGCUGUUCCUACGCGUAAAACGAGAAGCAUACAUUCUACUUAACCGCGCGAAGGUCGCACAUGCGCAUUUAAUUCUUUGCACUAUUUAGUUGUUCCACAAGGUGACAACAGUGACCCAGGGCCUGAUUGUUCAAGAAAAAAGAAACGAGUGCUGGUUAGAAAGUAUCCGCAUUUGUAUAACUCUAGCCUUAAAGUGUAUAAGGAUUUGUAUAUGGGUACUAAUCGUGGCGAGAGAUUGCCCAAGCAUUGUUCUUUGUGUUGUGAUUCUUCUUCAUUGUCGUCCUUCAGUCCUUUACUGCUCUGUACUGACCCUUGUAGGCCAGGAGGGGUAGUGCAAGUUGUCGUAAUGCGCAUGCGUCGACCGUCAGCUGGCGUAUACUUUGAAAGGCGUUGCGUACGACUGUAAGAAUACCAGACAGAGCCUUUAGACACGCCCCCAUUUUUAGGGAACAUCUUCAAAUUUAAUCAUCGAUUAAUUUAGGAAAGCAACAAUCUGUCUUGAAAUGAAUGCGCUGUUACUUGUAUAUAGCACAGAUACAAAACUGUUCAUUUAAUCACCCGAAGAUGUAGAAAAUUAGAAAUAAAUGAUAUUGGAAGCAAGAUUCCUAUUACUUACGUUUUUAAUUCGGUUUGGAAAUAUAACGACUGUCCCUUAUACUUUACGAAACAUUGGCGCGGGAAUCUUUCCUGAAACGAGUGGGUUUGUGGCUCCUCUAGAAGGACUGUAAUCCAGUAAAACAAACCCCGGCUCGUGACGUUUCCAACCCUGGUUGUGGAAUACCCCCUGGCACUUCCUGUACCUGCCAAGAGUAGCUGAGGAUGAUGCGCAAAAAGAAAAGAUCUUCAUCUGUUUCAGUCGAUGAAGAUCCAGCCACACGCGUUGUUCCCAAAUCAAAGAAAAGCAAGUCCGCUGGACGGCCAGCCAAAUCCCUUUCUGCUAGCGUUCCUGAUUCUGUAUUUGGUCACAUGCUUCAGGAAUCAGGUGUCAUCUUGAGACAAGGAAACAUGGCCAAUGAGAUCGCCGUGGAUCAAGUUGUGUUUCAGAAGAGAUUACAGCAGCAUCUGAGAAAGAGUCCCAGAUAUCCCAAUAUCAUUCAGGAGUUUAUAUCUGGCUUGGAGUCACACUUUGAAGACCCUGAGAGGUUUAGGAACUGCCUGCUUCCAUGUGUGCCACGUUCUGCAGGCGAGGGAGACACCAGUUCAAGUUCGUUUCAGGAGAGCCUGGUGCGGAUGCUUCUGGGUGUUGAGAUACUACAGACCCUGGUCAUAAACACUUUGUUUGAGAAGCUUCCAGAGUUCAUGUUUGAGGGUGUUGGAGAGGAUGGUCUGAAUAUUCCACACCUCAUCAUUAAUCAGCUGAAGUGGCUCGAUCGACUUGUGGAUUGCAAGGAUUUGGGCAGUAAGCUGAUGCAGCUCGUGUCUGUAGCUCCUGUUGAGAUCCAGCGUGACAUCAUCACCAGUUUACCUGAAAUACUGGAGGACUCGCAGCACGGAGACAUGGCCAGGGAGCUCAAUGCCUUACUCCAGCAGAACACCCAGCUGACUGUUCCCAUCCUGGAUGCUCUGUCCAGCCUCAACCUCAGUUCCACAUUGCUUUCUGAGGUCCGUGGUGCUGUCAUGGUGACCGUCGCCGCAGUGCAGCUGGAGGAUCUCCCUGUUGUAGUGAAGUUCAUCUUACACUCCAUCUCUGCUUCUGACGCUAAUGAGGUGGUGUGUAUUUUACGAAAGAAGCUGGAGUUGGAGCAGUGUGUGUUGUCAUCAGUGCUACAGGCCUCUCAGAGCCGUGAUAAGAGCAAAAAGAACAGAGGGUCCUCCAGUGUCCCAGCAUGCAGCAGUAAGGACAGCGUGGCUCUGGUCCUGGAGGUGAUUAAGUCAGCUGUGCGUUUUCAGAAGACUAUCUCUGAGGCCUGGCUCAAGGCCAUAGAGAAUGUCACUGAGCAAGAAGAUCACAAGGUGGUUGACGUGUUGGUUUUGCUUAUUCUCCACUCCACUAACGCUAACCAGAGUCGACGUGGGGCCGAGAGAGUGCUGAAGGCGAAAGUGCGUGGCGGCCUCAUUCACGAAGCACUGCUGAAUAAGACUUUUAGGGAUUACGCUCAGGUGAUGCGUGGGUAUUUUCCAAGCAUUCUUUCCUUGGCACAAGGGCUGCUGCGUUCUACAGACUGCUGUGUAGUGCCCUUUGGAGGACACAUUUACAAACAGGCCUUCACUGCUUUUGACUCCUACUGCCAGCAGGAAGUGGUGGGCUCGCUGGUCACACACGUGUGCAGUGGUGUGAGCGGAGAGGUGGAUGUGGCUCUGGAGCUGCUGUGUGAGUUAGUAUCCCAGAAGCCCACAGAGAUGGCACAGUAUGCUGUCUUUGUUAAGGGAAUUCUGGACUACAUGGACAACUUGAGUCCUCAGCAGAUCCGCCGUCUUUUCCAUGUUCUCAGCUGCUUGGCAUUUGGACAAGACCAACACGGCAGCCAUAUUCAGGACGACAUGCACAUAGUGAUCCGAAAGCAGUUGUCCAGUACAGUGCCUAAGUACAAACGCAUCGGCAUCAUCGGUGCUGUUAUGAUGGUGGGGAGUAUGGCAGCACGAAGAGACCGGUCAGAAGGCUCUCAGGGAGGUACACUGCCCAAAGACACGCAUCGACAGGUGACGGUGCUUCUGGAGUUAGUGCGGUCGUGCAGUGAAGGCUCGGCCGAGGCCGCUGCGCUGUACUACGACGAACUGGCCAACCUGCUGCACAACCACAGACUGGACCCACUGGUGCAGGCGUGGAUUGGCAAGAGCGUGCUGGAGGAUUUCCAGGAGGACUUUGUUGUGGACCUUGGACCAGAGAUACCUGGCUCAUUUCCAUUCACUGCCUCAGUUAUGUACAAUCUGGAUGAAGAUGAGAGUCAAGGAGGAAUUGCCAUUAACCUGUUGCCCCUAAUGGCUAAGGAUCUGCUGCACAAAGCAGACAGCCACAGGGACGGCAGGCAUGUAUCUCCUCUGUGCCUGUCCUCGUUCUUCAGACUGCUGAGGCUGUGUGAGGAGGAGCAGCACCAGGGUGAUCUGGAGGAGGUCGAUGCUCUUCUAGGCUGUCCGCUGAUCCUGACAGAUAUGGAGGUGGUAGAGAAGGUAGAGAGUCUGUCUAAGACAGAGCGAGAGUUCCUCUGCUCUCUGCUCUUCUACACCAUCAAUUGGUUCAGAGAGGUAGUAAAUGCAUUUUGCAAGCUGAAAGACCCUGAGAUGAAGAUGAAGGUUGUAACUCGUCUUCAGAACAUCACUUACCUGCAGACACUGUUGGAGACAUGCUUGGCAGUUAGCCCUGGAUUCACUCCUCCUCUGGCUAACUUUGACUGUGACAGUGCAGAAGUUUUGGCUCCUGCUCCUUCUGUUGCUCCUGCCAAGAAAGCGAAGAAAGAGUCCACAGGGAAGAAGAGGAAAAAAGCAUCAGCCAGUAAGAACUCAACAGACGGCUCACAACUGGAGGAGGUUGUUGAGGUCGACGAACCACGGGCGCAGGACCACCCAGAGAAGGAGGUGAAAGCAGGGGUGAGUCUGUCCUCAUACUGGCCGUACUUUAGGGAACUGGACAUGGAGGCUCUGAACGUUUUGCAGUGUGGCCUGCUCUCCCGAUCUGUGCUGGACACCGAGCUCCAUAGCAAGGUGAGAGAGGAGGUACAGCUGGGUCCUGCAGAGUUGGUGUUUCUGCUGGAGGACAUGUGGCGUAAACUGGAUUUCAGCCUGGCUGCUGCUCCAGCAAAGAAAGCUCCGUUUCUCAAAGUGAAGGCAGACAGGGCAGUGGGAUUCUCUCACCUGCAGCAGAGGAGCUCCAAAGAUGUUGCUAGCUGCUGUGUUGAACUGCUAGGGACGUUGUGCACACACCUGGAGAACUGCCACAACCAUUUUCAGACUUUCCUGAAUGAAAAUCAAGGAGUGGUGGAUGCUCUUGGUGUGGAUAUGAAUGUACAGCAGCUUAUGUGUUCAGCUUAUCAGCUCCUUCUACAGGUCUUACAUACAGCAUUUAGCUGGUCUGGCUUCUCCCAGCCGGAACAGCGGCCGCUGUUAAAGAGUGCUCUCAGUGUGCUCGCCAGCCGACUGAAGGAGAAAGAUGCAGACCUAACCCUGGAGCAGCUUAUAAAACACAGUUUUGAAUACCUGCUGAAUUUCCGGAGCACUGUGCCCAGCCUAAACACGGCUCUGAUCCUGACGCAGCUGCUCAUUGUGCUCAGUCAGUAUGGACGAUCCAGCCACAGCUUCUACAGAGAACACACCGCAUCCUUGGCUAAGCAUUUCCUGUGUCAGGAGUGGGUGACAGGAAGUGGUGGGAAGGAACGUGGGAACAAACACAACGAUGCACUCCAGAGUCUCCUCAGUAUUUAUCUAGGACACGCUGAUGAUGUGCUGAAAGCAGUGGAAGAGAUAACAGAAAAUGGGAUCUCCGAGCUAUUAAAUGCUGCUAAAGAUGCCAGCUCUCGUAGCUGGCGCACACUCAACAGGCAGACUUUUUUGGUGUACUAUAAAGUUAUGAUGGCAGAGCUGGAGAAGUGUGUACGAAAGAUACCUCCUGGGAAACAGACAGACAGCAGAGAGGUCCAGAGUGAGAAACUGCUAGUGUGGAACUUAGCUGUCCGGGACUUCCAUAUUCUCAUUAACAUGGUCAAGGUUUUUGAUAGCAGACCUGUGCUCAAUGUGUCUUUAAAGUAUGGCCGGCUUUUUCUCGAAUGCUUCCUUAAGCUCGGAAUGCCUCUCCUCGACUACAGCUUUAAAAAACACAAGGAGGAUGUUCAGAGUUUACUGAAGACUUUUCAGCUCAGCACCAGGCAGCUCCAUCACAUGUGUGGCCACUCAAAGAUCCGGCAGGACACAGCCCUGACCAACCACGUGCCAGCGCUGAAGAAGCACCUUGAGCAGUUUGUGUAUCGUGUAAAGGCAAUGCUCACUCUGAACCAAUGCCAGGAGGCUUUCUGGCUGGGCAAUCUGAAGAACAGGGAUCUGAGGGGCGAAGAGAUUCUCUCACAACGCUCCCAAGAAAGUGAUGACGAGGAUGAAGAGUCUUCUCAGCUACAAGAGGGGAACGAGGAAAGUGAUGCUGAGGUGAAGGAAAAUGGGCACCAGGAUGACGAGGAAGAGGAAGAGGAGGACUCCGAUGUGUCAGACUGAUCGGGCAGCAUACAACACUCUUUUUAUCCUUUUAUAUCCAUUCACAGUCAACCUUACAUCUACAGUACUAAAGCUCCUUAAAUUCAAUAACCCAUUAUUUUGAUUUUUCAGCUUGAUAAACUUUAUCAACUUUAAGACUACAAGACAUUAGGGUCAAAAUCUAAACACAAUUCACCCGUAUUGUUAAGACUGGUUUUGCAAGAAAAAUUCUUUCACUUUUAAUACUUGAGUGUUUUUCUUGUUUACAGUUAUCAUUGGGGUUUUUUCUGUUUGAUUACAUUAUAUUCAGGUGUGUGUGUGUGUGUGUGUGUGUGUAUUCAUUUGCCAAUAAAAAUGUUGUCAUGGAUUUACAUUCAAAUUUAUGGCAUUUGGCAGACGCCCUUAUCCAGAGUGACUUACAGAAGUCUCUAUCAGUAAAUACAUACUAAUACUGGCUCACUAGAUCAUGGACGAACAAAACAUCAUUCGAAAAACUAUUGGGGAGGUAAUAUAGUCAGAAAAGCACACAGACUAUUUAUUUAUUUAUUAAAGUGCUAAUUUAAGUACUUCAGAACUUAUUUGUCAAAAUCUAUAGUAUUCUGUGAUAAUGUCCUUAAAUCCUACUGGGCUUAGAUCACAAGUCGACAAAUCUGGUGAACCGAGUUUUACUGGAAGAAAAGCCAGUAUGACUCCUAGUUGUGUUUUUUUUCUCCAGAAGUUGAUAUUUAGAUAAACAAUAUAAAAACUCCUUAAUAUGGUUGAUAUAGUGUAGUUUUAAACCCAGUCAAUAAAAGUAUUAUUUUAAAAUAAUCUCCACCAUCAUCAUUUCCUUAGCCCUGGACCCCGCUUUAGGAACCAUGGCUUUGUCGUCUGCUAGGUUUACACUGCCUGUCAAAGGUUCUGGAAGCCUUGGAGUUUCUUAUGUUUUAUUUCAGUUUAAUUGCUAUAAUUAAUAUCUAAUUUAUAUUAUACACCUUUGUGUAAUGUAAUGGUUUGCUGUCAGAUCCUAAUGGGAUCCUAAAUGAGUGCUGUAUUAAAGGUAGGUGCACUUGGAUUAUAAACAGGUAAAGCCUGUAGAUAAAAGACUCGCAAUAGGAUUAACUGUAAAAGAAAAAAAUAUGUGCCUAAAAUACAUAAUUUGUUUACCUUUUCUAGAUUGUUCCAUUUCUGAUUUCAGUAAACCUUUUAAUAAUAAACAUUUUUCAGUUCACUUA